CGGCAUCGAUCCAGCGAUCCUGGCGAGCAUUCAUAUCCAGAUACAUCCUCUUCCCCCGCCUCUCAACAUCAGCCAUGGCGGAAAACUAUCAAAAAAAGGAGCUGCUCCAGCUCAUGAGCACGGGCGCUAACAAGCUCUGUGUCGACUGCAACUCGCCAUCGCCGCAGUGGGCCUCGGUAUCCUACGGCACCUUCAUCUGCCUCGAGUGCUCGGGCGUUCACCGCGGCUUCGGCGUGCACAUCUCCUUCGUCCGCUCAAUCACAAUGGACAAGUGGUCCGACGAGCAGCUCAAGAAAAUGACGAACGGCGGCAACGCAGCCUUCAAGGAGUUCAUGGACUCGUACGGCCCCGACGGCGGAUACACCAAGGGCAUGGGCAUGAGCGAAAAGUACAACUCGUGGGCGGCCACGCAGUACCGGGACAAGCUUGCCGCCGCGUGCGAGGGGCGCGAAUGGAAGCCGUCUCCGGCGCCCGCGCCGGCGUCGCGGCCCGCAUCGGCGCAAGCGACUCGCAAGGCGCGCGCCGGCGCCUCGGGUUACGGCAGCGGAUACGGGAGCGCAGCGGGCAGCGGCGUGCCGUCGCGCACGGCGUCGCCGUACUCGGACGUGCCGAGCGGGAACGAGGCGUACUUUGAGCGGAUGGGGGCCGCGAACGCGUCGCGGCCCGACCACCUCCCGCCGUCGCAGGGCGGCAAGUACGGCGGGUUCGGGAACACGCCCGAGCCGGACGCGGCCGCGCAGCACCCGUCGUACGGGCUCAGCUCGCGCGCCGCGCCGACGCUCGACGAGUUCCAGCGCAACCCCAUGGGCGCGUUGACCAAGGGCUGGGGCCUGUUCUCGUCGGCUGUGGCGACGGCGUCGCGCGAGAUCAACGAGACUGUCGUCAAGCCCAGCGUGAGCCGCGCAACGGAGAUGUACGAGCAGGGCGCGAGCGAAGACGUGAAGCGCUACUUCAACCAGGCGAGCACGCAGGCGCGGACCGCCGCGAGCUGGGCGGGCACGCGCGCCGCCGAGGGCUGGGACCAGAUCAACGACGUAGCAAAGACCAACGCCGGCGUCGACAUCAACGAGAGACUCGGGCGCAUGGGGCUCGGCAAGGGCAGCGCCCGCGAUCAGGGUUACGGCCAGGUGCCGUCCCACUCGCAAAAGGACGAAGAGGACUUCUUCGACUCGUGGGACGAGCCCGAGAGCAAGACAACGACCAAAGCCCCGCUCGCUGGGCCGUCGACCACGCCCAAGCCGCCCGCGUCCAAGGCGGCCAAGAAGGACGACUGGGACGAGGAGUGGAAGGAUUUCUAGACGCAUAUAGUAUAUAUACCCCCAUGCAUCGCUGCACGAGUGCACCAUCUAAGGCUCCUGGCCGCUGCUUCUAAACUGCCAAUGCAUUGGAUUACGACCCCCUUCUUUCUCCUUUUAGCGGUAGAACUGUGAUCGUCAGCUAUGUCCCUCGCGUGUCUCUUGCGCUGCAGGCUUACGUGGUCAGACUGGAGGUUGGCGGCGAUCUCGGCCUCGGCCUUGUCGCCGUUCUGGAGCAACUUCUCCUUGUUGUACAGAAGCUCCUCGCGCGUCUCGGUCGCGUACUCGUAGUUCUGGGCUGCGGGUUAGUGUGGUGCAACAAGAA